UUUUUUACAUUAGAAAAUGAUUUCCGUCCAAACAAACGGAGCUUUAUAUAUCUUGGUCUGGUGAAACAAAACCAAGGUGGAGAAGAUAAAUAUGUGAACAUUUAGCAUAAGGACCCCAACGGUAACCUAUUUUAUUGGCGGGAACUACAUUGGAUUGGAAGAGCAUAUAAACCAAUUACCGAAAUUCAGUUGUGAAGAUGGUCCCCUGAAACUGAAGUAUUUGAUGCAUUCGAUUCCCAGAGCUCUACCAUCACUUGCUGAUCAUAUAACGAUCAUAUUAUCGAGCAACAGUCUCUUAAGACUCAAGCAAUUACACCAAAUCCACACUCAACUACUCAUCAAUGGAUGUGUCACUUCUACUUCCCUCCUCAUCGACUUUCUCACUUCCUGUUAUCGUUCUCAGAAGCAUCACCAGUACCCGUUGCUUUUAUUGCAGAAUCUACCAAAGCCUGACCCGUUUUUAUGGAAUUCCAUGGUUCGAGUUUCGAUUGAAUCCGAAAAUUUGCAAGAUUUUCUGGGAUUCUACAAUGGGUUGCGAGAAAAUAAUUUGGUUCCCAAUAAAAGUACUAUUUCUUUAAUACUCCGCUCAUUUGCAAGCCUAUGUGCGACCCAUCUCGGAGAAUCGUUUCAUUGUCAGAUACUGAAGAUGGGUUUUGUUUCUGAGAUGGUUUUGCAAACUGGCUUGCUUGAUUUCUAUGCGAAAGUUGGGGAUUUGGGUUCUGCAAAGAUGGUGUUUGAUGAAAUGCCUGAAAGAGAUGUUGUAGCAAACAAUGCGAUGAUAUCGGCACUGGGUAAGCAUGGGUGUAUUGAGGAGGCGCAGAGUUUGUUUGAUAGUAUGCUGGAGCGGAACUCGUGUUCUUGGAAUUCCAUGAUCACUUGCUACUGUAAGUUGGGUCGAAUUGAUUCUGCUCGUCAGAUCUUUGAUUGCAAUCCAGUCAGAGAUGUGGUGUCAUGGAAUGCAAUAAUUGAUGGAUACUGUAAGUUGGGGCAGCUAAUGAAUGCUGAGGAAUUGUUUUUUCGGAUGGGUUCAGCUAAAAAUUCUGUCACGUGGAACACCAUGAUUGCAGGGUAUGUUCAAUCUAAGGAAUUUGGCAGAGCAAUUUGUGCUUUCCAACAAAUGCAGUCUGAGAGUGUGAAGCCAACUGAGGUAACAACGGUUAGCUUGCUAUCUGCAUGUGCUCAUCUUGGUGCUUUAGAUAUGGGUGAGUGGAUACAUACUUAUAUAAGAAGGAAGAAGUUCAGUGUCGAUGUUGUUUUAGGUAAUGCUCUUAUAGACAUGUACUGCAAGUGUGGGUGUAUAGAAGCUGCUCUAGAUGUAUUUUAUGGCCUUCGUGUGAAGAACAUCUUUUGCUGGAAUUCUAUUAUCGUAGGUUUGGGAAUGCAUGGUUUUGGAAAGGAAGCUAUAGAUGUUUUCAUUUCAAUGGAGAAGGAAAGCAUAAAACCAGAUGGGGUCACCUUUGUGGGGCUCUUGUCUGGGUGUAGCCAUUCAGGUUUAAUGUCUGCGGGUAGGAGAUAUUUCUCUCAAAUGAGUAGCCUUUAUGGGGUUGUACCUGGAAUUGAACACUAUGGUUGCAUGGUUGACCUUUUAGGUAGAGCAGGUUUUCUUGAAGAAGCUUUGGAACUCAUAAAGACCAUGCCCAUGAAGCCAAAUUCAGUUGUCUGGGGAAGCCUACUUCGAGCUUGUCAGGUCCACAAAGAUACCAAAGUUAGCGAGCAAGUAACCCAGUAUCUGUUGGAGUUGGACCCAUGUGAUGGAGGAAAUUAUGUGUUUUUGUCUAAUCUGUAUGCAUCAUUAAAUCGAUGGGAUGAUGUGAAAAUUUGCCGGAGGUUAAUGAUUGAGAGGGGAGUGCGUAAAACACCUGGAUGUAGUUCAAUUGAGGUGGACAAUAUAGCACACGAGUUUGUGGCAGGUGACACUUCACAUCCUGAUUUCACACAAAUUGAUGUAUUUUUGGAUGAGAUAGAAAAGAAACUGAAAGGGCAUGGGCAUAAGCCAGAUACAGCUUCUGUGCUCCAUGACAUAGAUGAUGAGGAGAAAGAGAUUAUAAUUCGAUACCACAGUGAGAGAAUUGCUGUUGCUUUUGGACUUAUGAACACGCCACCUGGAAAGGCAAUUCGGGUGGUGAAAAACCUCCGGACAUGUAAUGAUUGCCAUUCUGCGUUGAAGCUUAUCUCGAAGGUAUUUAAGAGAGAGAUAAUUGUGAGGGAUCGGAAUCGUUUUCAUCAAUUCAGCAAUGGGUCUUGCUCUUGUAAGGAUUACUGGUGACCGAGAUAUGUUCUAAGAUUUAUGCCAUCUUCUUAUGUUUACAAUGCAUUUUAAAGUCCUAAUGUUAUACAACGUCAAUUCACAAUAGAGUUGGAUAAUUCUGACUGUGGAGUUGUCAAUUCACUCAGAGGUUCAGAGCAGAAGUUUUUCCGAUUGGAUGUGCGGUUUAAGUCAACCAACCUAUCAAAAUCAAAUAAGUUGAUACCUGUGCAGCCUCCUACUAUAACUUCAAGCUGGACAAAAUAUGGUCCCAAGGAUAUUUAUAUGAUAGUGAGAGUUGUGGGGUUUAAAGCUUCUUAAGAGCUGGAACAUUUUUUUUACCCGCCAACAGUUUUCAAGGAAAAAAACAAGAAGAUGAUUGCAAGAAGCUCAGAUCUUCCCAAGAAAUCCAUCAAAUUGAAGCAAGAUAACAAAUUCUCUUCUAGGCCCCCAUCUAGAGAGAUCUCGGUGACCACCUCUGUGGAAGUCUACUAUGGAGGAGCUUCUGUUGGUGUACCAUUUUCGUGGGAAUCUCAACCGGGGACGCCUAAAGUCAAGUUCAACGAAAACCCGCUUCCUCCUCUUACGCCUCCACCUUCCUUCCAUUUUAAUUCCACGAAAAACUGCAUAAAAAAACACUCAAAGCGCAAUCUUUUCCACACUAUUCUCCCUAUGUUCUAUCUGAGGAAAGCCAGUCACCCACAAUCUCCUGCAUCAUCAUUAUCAUCAUCAUCAUCAUGGUCAUCGUCACGUUCUUUGCCUUCUUCUCCGUUUACUCCUCCAAAUAUAUGGGGAAAGUUCCAUGAGGAAGACGAACAUGGAUCACCUGUUUCAACAUUGUGCUUUGGGAUUGGUCGUGGUACAACAGCUAGGCCCCGAGGUUGCUCUUCAAACAUAAUCAAGGUACUGCUCAGAGAAUUUGCAUGAACCACUGUCAUUUUUGGCUUCAAUAUGCUUUUCUAAAGAUUCUAUGAUAUCAUGUAAUGGAAGGCUAUUGAUGAUAUUAGCUGUUGUUAACCUUAUAAGAAAUAAGUAGUUUUUGAAAAGAAUUAGAUUCA